UCAUUAAGAGAAGGGAAAAAAUGGAUGCCGUUGACAAUUAUUCAUUUGAGUCAACCGACACUGCAGGGAAAACCAUCACUUGCAAAGCGGCGGUAGCAUGGGGUCCUGGAGAGCCUCUGGUGAUACAAGAUGUUCGAGUGGCUCCAACUCAGAAAAUGGAGGUGAGGCUCAAGAUUCUCUUCACUUCAAUUUGUCACACGGAUCUCAGUGCUUGGAAAGGAGAGAAUGAAGCUCAGAGAGCAUACCCUCGAAUUCUAGGCCAUGAAGCUGCAGGGAUCGUGGAGAGCGUAGGGGAAGGUGUUGAAGACAUAACAAAAGGUGACCAUGUGAUCCCGAUCUUCCAAGGCGAGUGUGGCAACUGUACCUGCUGCAAAAACCAGAAAACGAAUCUCUGCCAAAAGUUUGGAGUCAACCCAUUGAAAAGCGUGAUGCUAAAUGAUGGGAAAACAAGGUUUUCAACCAAGGACGGGAGCCCCAUCUUUCAUUUUCUCAACACCUCCACCUUCAGCGAAUACACCGUCAUCGAUUCCGCCUGCGUCGUAAAGAUCGACUCCGACGCCCCCCUCGAGAAGAUGAGCCUCUUAAGUUGUGGUGUCUCAACUGGCGUUGGGGCGGCUUGGAAUGUUGCGGACGUGCAACCGGGAUCAAGCGUCGCAAUCUUCGGCUUGGGUGCCGUGGGACUCGCUGUAGCCGAAGGAGCAAGAGUAAGAGGAGCAUCAAAAAUUAUAGGCGUUGACAUUAACCCUAGCAAAUUUGCCAAAGGCAAAGCCGUGGGGAUCACAGAAUUCAUAAACCCAAAGGAUCUAGAAGUUCCAGUGCACGAGAAAAUAGGGGCACUAACAUUGGGAGGUGUGGACUACAGCUUUGAAUGUGCUGGAAACCUUGAAGUUCUCCGUGAAGCAUUUUUGUCGACCCAUAUGGGAUGGGGACUGACCGUAUUGCUGGGGAUUCACCCGAGCCCGAUGCUGCUGCCUCUGCAUCCAAUGGAGUUGUUUAAUGGGCGUCAAAUUAUAGGAUCCAUCUUUGGAGGCUUCAAAGGCAAAACCCAACUCCCAAAGUUUGCCCAGCAAUGCAUGUGUGGGACCCUGAACUUGGAUGAGUUCAUCUCGCACGAACUUCCCUUCGACAAGAUAAACGAAGCCUUUCAGCUGCUAGUCGACGGGAAAUCUCUUAGAUGCCUUCUGCAACUCUGAGUUUUUUCCAUCCAUUUGCAGAUUCCCUACUCCUAUAUAAAUAA